CAAAGCGCGGUGGCCGGGAGCCCGCAGUGCGGAACCAGCGCCAACAUGGAUGGGGUCGACCUGUGGGCUAGUACCCUGGCCCAGCUGAUGGCCAUGAGAAAGCCGUUCGAUUCCUGGGAGCUGCUCCCUGACGAGGACCUGGUUGCAGGGCAGGUGGAGGGCAACGGCCACCAGUACCGGCUGAGGGGGCUUUCAAGGUUCGAGUGUGGCCACUGCCAGUGGGGCUGGGGCUCAGCCCACGUGCACAUCCUCUUCCACCUGUGGUGGAACGAGGGCCGGCACCUGGGUCUAGUGAAGAUGCGCAUCUGGGGCCAGCGCUGCCGCGUGUGUCCUCCUGAGGACGCGGGGCCCUGCCGGGUGAGCCUGCUCAAUGUCCGGCUCUUCCUGGGCAAGCUGGUGCUGUACAUCCUGCACAAGUGCUACGGGGAGGGCCCUGACGCCCAGUACCCCGAGGUCGGCUUCGGGGAGCACUGUGAGGCCUGUGACAAGGGUGUCUGCUUCUUCCUGAAGCCCCGGGACCCCGACUGGGGGCCGGAGGCCAAGCCACGCUCUGUGCAAGGCACGUACAAGCUGUUCAGUGAUGAAAACGGCUGGGACAGGCCCGGCCACCAGCAGCUGCUGGCCCUUGGCAGUGGGACACUGGUGGAGCGCAUCUGGGGCGACCCGCCCAACACCAUCCCACUCCCCUUCUCGGUGGCCGACUUCAUCAGGAGCCCACUGGUCAACUGCAACAACUUCAUCAACGAUGACGACAUCGUCACAGUCCCCUUCUCCCUGGAAGGGGUGGGCAGUGUCGGGGGGCCUUUUGCCUGUGCCCUCCCAGAGGGCAGCACCCUGGGCAAAGGCUCCAUCUACCUGCCCAACGCCAUGCAGCUGGGGAAAAGCCAGCACAUCGCCGUGACCAUCUGUGAGCCUGUGUUCCGGGGCCGUGGCAUCCUGUUCAACAGCCGGGCCCGCAACUUCAAGGGCUUCAUUUUCAAAGGUCACGGCGCUCUCACCAGCUCUGAUGGGACCGACAGUGGUCAGGGCCAGGCCAGGAGGCAACCACAGGGGAUGUCCUACAUUGUGGGGUUCAUGGACAGUGGGGAGGGCUCCGUCACCUUCCCCCUGUCCUUGGCCACCCUCGUCACGGGCAAAGACCCUUUCACCUACAACGAUGGCUCCGUCACCUUCCCCUUUAUCUACACGGACGACGCCUACAGCAAAGACACCCUUGAGGACCGAGCCAGGGGCAGGGGUGGGCGCAGGCGCCGGGGGGGCAGGGGGCGUGGGCCCCAGCCGGGUCCAGAGCAGAACGGUGAGCUCCCGGGGGCCUUGAACAAGGGCUCCGUCUCCCUACCGUUCUCCAUCUUCACCCUCAUCAAGCGCACGGGGCCGCAGAGCAGCCGCCUCUUCUACCGCUACUACCGCCGCCAGCAUCAGCGGAGGAGUCGGGGUGGCUCCUGGGGCUGGGAUCACCCCCACACCGACGACUACUGCUGCCUGGCUGGCUGCUGCGAGCCGACCUCUGAGUCCAAUGACGACUUCUGGAUCUGUGUCUCCACCAUCUUCUUCAUCCUUUGGGUCAUCUACCUGCACAAGACCAGCCCUGACCGCUACCUGGACGUGUGACUGGCCAGGCUCACUGCACAGUGCCCCUGGCCACAGCAGGCCACCCUCCCCCAGCCCCAGGCAAUUCUGUCCCCCAUAGAGACCCAUACCGCCCCCGCCCCUAACCAAGGCCCAUCCCCUGGCUCUUGUGGUGGUCUCCCUUGCUUCUCUGUCCAUAGGCAAUGACGUGAGGUCCUCUGCUGUGCGUCCAGCUGUGCAUGUUCCUGCUUCUCUGUAGGUUCCAAAGGUCAAUAAAGUGGUCACUAUGUGAA